CCACAUAGAAGCUUCAUCUUGAAGGAAGGUCAACUGUAGAAAUCACAGGGAGAGAGAGAGAGAGAGAGAGAAGCCAAUCAAAAGAAGAGCUCUAGAGAGCGAAGCGAAUCAAUAAAUCAAGAGAGAGAGUGAUGGAAUCCGCUAUGACUAUACGUUUGUACGUAAGUUGACGAAAUUCAAUAUAUAUAUAUCGCAGUCUUGUUCUAGUGCAAUGUCUAUAUAGGCUCAAGACAAACAAUCUCUUUCCAGCAUAAUCAUACCUACAGAUAGACUUCUCAGACCUUUUGGUUCGUUGCUUACAUUGAUUCAAAUUGAUUACGAAUUUUCAGGAACUGUAGGGUUUCUGUUUUCAGGAACUGUAGGGUUUCUGUUUCUGAUCGAAGAAGAACAGACAAAGGGAGAAAAAUAAACAUUCUGAGCAUAUAUAUAUAGGUGAAUUUCGAUUCAGACUGUUUUCUCUUGAAAUUGGUUCAGAAAAUUUGAGGGAUUGUGAGAGUAUCUUCUCUUCGAAUUUUCAGAAACUGUAGGGUUUCUGAUCGAAGAAGAGCAGAGGAAGAGUGAGAAACAGACACUUUGAGCAUAUAUGUGUGUGUGUGUGCUCGUGCGUGCGUGUGUGUGUGUGUGUGUGAAUUUCGAUUCAGAGUGUUUUCUCUGAAAUUGUCGUUGUAGAGAGAGAGAGAGAGAGAGAUUCAGAGACCAGCGAGAGGAAGACAUUGGAAUUUUCAAAUUAUUGUUUGUUUCGGAGAUAUUUCUCUUAAAAUCGUUUUUUAGAGACAGGAACAGGGUUAUAGAGAACGAAAGAGAGAGAGACUUUGAGCGUUUGUAUAUGAAUUUCGAUACGGUGUCUUUUCUCUUGAACUUAUCGUUGUAGAGAGAGAGAGAGAGAGAGAGUUUCAGAGAUUAGAGAGAGAAAGACAUUGGAAUUGAUUCUUGUUUCAGAGCUAUUUCUCUUAGAAUCUUCUUUUAGAGAGGAAGAGGGGUUAGAGAAAUAUGGGGGAAUAGAACUCAUUUCAGCUGUGAAUUUGAAGUUAUCAGAGAGAGAGAGAGAGAGAGAGAGAGAGAAUUGGAAUUGGUUAGUGGGAGGAGUUGAAGAAUUUCAAUGGCUGUGGUGAGUCCUAUGCCGGUGAUUCCACAACAGAUCAAUCCAACAAGAUGCCCUGAGAUUGGAAUCACGGGAAUGAUGGCAAGUGGGAGUGAAAUCGUUGAAGAACCACCAGUGCAAGCUGUCGAAGAUGUAAUAUAUGUUGCGGUGGGAAAGGAGCUGAAUGAGGGCAAAUCGAAUCUGUCAUGGACACUGCACAACUCAGGAGGAAGGAAGAUAUGCAUCCUUUUUGUUCACAAACCUGCGAAGAGAAUUCCCUCCUCGAUGGGUACAAAGUUUCCAGUAAGCCAAGUGGAAGAAUGGCAAGUCAGGGCAUACCGAGAAAUUGAGAGGCAAGAUAUGAACAAGCUUCUACACGAGUACAGGAUGUUCUGUGACCGAGCAGGGGUACGCACAGAUGUACUACAUAUUGAAAGGGACUCUGUUGAGAAGGGGAUUGUGGAACUCGUAUCUCAGCAUCAGAUCAGGAGGCUUGUUAUGGGAGCAGCGGCACACAAGCAUUAUUCAAAGAAAAUGAUGGAGCCAAAAUCCAAGAAAGCCAUCUAUGUGCGCUUACAAGCUCCUAUUUCUUGUCACAUUUGGUUUAUCUGUAAAGGGAACCUCGUCCACACAAGGAAAGCUAGAUUGGGGGGAGUCAGUGUGGAGGUCGCAUUUCUGACACAACAAGCGAGUUCAAACACUGAGAUUGGACAAUCUGGUUCUUGGAGAUCACGGUCUGUUUCAGAAGUGCAGAAUGAUCAACAAAAGCUCAUUAGUUUAGAUCCAGACUAUCGUAGAGUAAGGUCCGACGUUCGUGGGAUGACAGUCUCAGCUUUCUCCUCAAAAGGCUCUGGAGGGGUAACUCCUCGCAACAGGCUAAAUACAGAAGGGAACAUUAAUGAAUUGGAUGGAAUUCCUAGGAGUUCUCUGAAUUCGCAUUUUUCGUUCUGUUCUGCUGGUAACAUGGAUGACAAUUCAGCUUUGACCUUACCUGCAAGAACUGAGGGUGAAAUGGAGUCACACGACAUGCAUCAUUUGAAGGAUGAUCAUCGGCACACAUCUCCUUCUAGUGUCCUGCACGAAGGAGGUAUGAAUGUCGGACCAUAUGAUCAGCUUAAGCAAGCUAUGGCAGAGGAAGAAAAUUCCAGACGACAAGCCUUUGAGGAGUCAGUGAGGCGUAGGAAAGCUGAAAAGGAUGCCAUUGAUGCUUUCCGCAGAGCUAAAACAUCAGAAGGAACAUACACUGAGGAAUUGAAACAGAGAAGAGAAAUUGAGGAAACAUUAGAAAGGGAAAAAGAAGAACUUGAAAAGAUGAAGCAGCAGGUAGAUGAAGUCAGGGAAGAAUUCCGUAUUGCUCUGGAACAGAAAUCAUCUUUGGAGAAUCAAAUUGCAAACUCUGACCAGAUUGUACAGGAGUUGGAACAGAAGAUGUUCUCCGCUGUGGAACUCUUGCAAAAGUAUAAGAAGGAACAAGAUGAAUUGCAGUUGGAUCGUGACAACGCACUCAAAGCUGCUGAGGAAAUGAGGAAAAAACAAUCAGAAAAGGCUUCAAACACACUUGUGCCUAAUCUUUUCUCAGAGUUCUCUUUCUCUGAAAUCGAAGAAGCAACUAACAAUUUUGACCCGUCCUUGAAGAUUGGGGAAGGGGGUUAUGGAAGUAUUUAUAAGGGUCUCCUUCAUCACACUCAAGUGGCUGUAAAGAUGCUUCACUCUCAUAGCUUGCAAGGUCCCUCAGAAUUUCAACAAGAGGUCAAUAUUUUGACUAAAUUGAGGCACCCAAACCUUGUAACUCUCAUUGGAGCCUGCCCAGAAGCUUGGAUUCUUGUAUACGAAUAUCUACCUAAUGGAAGCCUCGAAGACAGACUGAGCUGCAGAGACAACACUCCCCCACUGUCCUGGCAAACUCGAAUCCGUAUUGCAACAGAGCUGUGUUCUGUUCUUAUCUUCCUUCAUUCUUGUAGUCCCAAUAAAAUAGUACAUAGUGAUCUGAAACCUGCCAAUAUUCUUCUAGAUGCCAACAACGUGAGCAAACUCAGUGACUUUGGAAUAUGCCGUGUGAUUUCCCAAAAUGAAUUCUCAAACAAUAAUGCGACCGCAUGUUGCAGAACUGACCCAAAGGGCACGUUUGCAUACAUGGAUCCUGAAUUUCUUGCAACAGGAGAGCUUACCCCAAAGUCAGAUGUCUAUUCUUUUGGAAUCAUAUUAUUGAGGUUGUUGACUGGAAGAACAGCCUUGGGGAUAAUCAACAAAGUGCAAUGUGCAUUAGAUAAAGGGAAUUUGAAAGAACUGUUAGAUCCUACAGCUGGGGACUGGCCAUUUGUGAAAGCGAAACAAUUGACUCACUUGGCAAUGAGGUGUUGUGAGAGGAACCGUACGAACCGGCCAGACAUCACCUUGGAUGUGUGGAGGGUUCUUGAACCAAUGAGGGCUUCGUGUGGAGCAUCAUCGUUCCGGAUGAGCUCCGAAGAGCAUUCCCAGAUUCCGCCAUAUUUUAUUUGUCCCAUUUUUCAGGAAAUCAUGCAAGAUCCUCAUGUGGCAGCUGAUGGAUAUACGUAUGAAUUGGAGGCUUUGAGAGGAUGGCUCGACAGUGGUCUUGACACUUCACCAAUGACAGAUCACAAGCUGCCACACUGCAAUCUUGUGCCCAACCGCGCUCUCCGUGCUGCAAUCCAGGAGUGGCUGCAACAGCAAUGAUGACAAGUAGUAUUCAUUUUCAAGUUUUGUCUAGCAGGUUUUCCAUAGCCUAUUUUCUUUUCUUUUUGGUUAAUUUUAUUUAUUGGAUCUUCUACUUUGUAUCAGCAUCAUACUGUCAUGUAUAGAAAAGAGUACAGAUAUACUUGCUCUAUGUAUAUAUAUGCAGUGUCUUACAUAUUUUUUAAAUGAUAGCAUCUAGUUUUGUCCUUUAGACAGAUUUAGACUUUGGUUUUGAGGUAAAUGAUUCCUGAUUACUUAAAUAGGAACAUGAUUCUUGAUUAUC